UGCCUUGCCCUGAUAAAUAUUAUUUGCAAUUCGUUCAUAAGACAACCCAUAUCAUUUUACACAUUCCCUCCUAUUUCCCAGUGGCUAUUUUAAAACGACACUGCGGAAAUACUCCAAUUGCUCCCUCCUUUGUAUCUGAAGACCAAACAUUGACUGGAAAAUUUGUAGUUGACUGUGUAUAGACCGUGAGAUUGGACUUGGCUCUGGAAUCACAUUGUUAUUUCUUUACUAACCAAAAGAUUUCUGCAGUUUGAAUUCAAUGAAUUCCCCAGUGCCACCCAGUAAAGAUGAUGAAGAAACACAGGCCAAAGCAGUUAAAGGCAGAAAUUAUGUCCUGAAUGAACUUAUUGAAACGGAGAAAAUUUAUGUGAAAGACUUGGGAGCUGUAGUAGAGGGCUACAUGAAAAAAAUUGAAGAAAAGGGAGUUCCAGAUGAUAUGAAAGGAAAAGAUAAGAUCAUUUUUGGAAAUAUUCAUCAGAUCUAUGACUGGCACAAGACUUAUUUCUUGGGAGAAUUGGAAAAAUGCCUCGAGGAGCCAGACUAUUUGGCAAAACUCUUCAUCAAGCAUGAAAGGCGCUUGGGAAUGUAUGUGGGGUACUGCCAAAAUAAGCCAACAUCUGAGUACAUUUUGGUUGAAAAUGAUGCCUACUUUGAGGAACUAAAACUGGAUUUGGAUGAGACGUUUAGCCUGAGUGACUAUCUCAUCAAACCCGUUCAGAGAAUAACUAAGUACCAACUUUUGCUUAAGGAUUUCUAUAAAUACAGUGAGAAAGCUGGUUUCGACACUUCAGAGAUUGUGAAAGCAGUCGGUGUGAUGCACCUUGUGCCAAAACGCUGCAAUGACAUGAUGAAUUUGGGAAGACUUGAAGGAUUUAAUGGUAAGCUCACUGCACAGGGCCAGUUGCUGCAACAAGAUACCUUUCUUGUAACUGAGCAGGAUUCUGGAGUUCUGCACCGAAACAAGGAACGACGAGUCUUUCUCUUUGAGCAGAUUUUAAUCUUCAGUGAACUGCUGAACAGGAGUUCCUCAACACCAAGGUAUAAUUUCAAGAAGAGCAUAAAGAUGAAUAAGCUAAACAUUGAGAGCAAUGUGAACAACGAACUUUGCAAAUUCGCUCUGACCGCCACUGGAAGCACUGAGCGCUUGAUCUUAGAGGCAGCGAACAGAGAAAUCUAUGAAGCUUGGGUUUGUGAUAUCAACAAAGCACUUGACCUUCAAAAUAAUUUGUUGAAUGCAUUGCAAUCACCAGUCGAGUACCAGAGAAAACUGACUCCAAAUCAUUUCAGCAUAAAACCAAAAUGAAAAUAUUAUUCCAACCCAACUUGCACCCUGGACUCCUGAAUGCCUUGAUAAGUAAUAAUACAAUAUAUAUGAGCAAAGCAAGCCACCUGAAUAUGUUUCAACCUAAUAUCAAUAGUCAUAACAUAACUGGUGUUCCCCACCACUACUAUCAUGCAGGAUGGUAGAAUUAACCAUUAGGCAGGCUGUAUUUUUACCGUUUAACAUUAAUAUGAAGCAUCUCAAGUAAAUUAUGAUAUAUUUUGACAUUAUUAUAUAUUUGCAUCAUUAGUAAUUCUCAGAUCUCACCAAGGUUAAAAGACAAUCAGGUAAAUACAUCUCUUACAUUGAUUACAUUUACCAACGAUUCAAAUUUCAAUUUGUUUAUGUUAAAAUGUUCUUAUUUCUAAUCAUUCAACAUCACAUUCUUAUUUUUUCCAACAGUUUUGUUGCAAAACAAAAUUGGUUUGAGAAUUGUUUAAUGAGUUGAAUUACCCCCAAUUACAUCACUAAUUUGUAACUUUUAAAUUAUCUUGUAUGAGGCAGUGAGUGCAUAGUUAUAAGGUCCGUGAAACAAACACGCUGGUUUGUAGGUUAAUUGGCCACUGUAAAUCGCAAAAAGGAUAACAUGGAACUAGUGUGAACAGGUUCCGUCCAUGGCUGGUGUGGAAUCGGUGGGCCGAAUGGUCUGUUUCCAUGCUGUAUUUUGCAAAACAAAAACACGCUUAAUCAUGGGAGUUAUUGUCCUUUAUUUGAUGGUCUUUUCCAUACAAAUUUAAAGAGAAGAAUGACCCAGGCCCUUCCAUCACAGAUCUUACAAUCCAAGCACUAUUCAAGAGAUACUUACAUUGCUUGAUUUGGAAGUUAUUUAAAACCGUCAGCAUUAACAUAUUAACUUCUUUACCAAAAUUCACUAAGUUCACAAAUGUUAUUGCAAAAUUACCAUGUCGCAAUAACAUUUGUGAACUUAGUGAAUUUUGGUAAAGAGGUUUGUAUAGAAGCAACUUGAGCCAGCAUAUGUAUGAAUUACUUUUUAAUUCUGUAAAAGUUAUACAAAUAUGGCAAAACUAAGUUAUUGUGUGCUAUAUGCUAGCCAAAUUAAAAAAAUAAAUGUUUACCCAUAAUGCACUGAAAUGAUAGAACAGAUUAAAUACAAUUUAAUUGUAAUUAAUAAAUUCAAUAUUUUAACAAAUAUGGAAAAUUAUUGAAACAUGUAUCUGUACUGUCUUAAUGGUGAGAAUCUCAGAUAAACAAAGUAUUUGGCCAACUUGCCAAAAUAAUUGCCAGUAAGUGUGCAGCCAUUUCCAGUGCUUGUCUGGUAUAAUUACAUUUGUUUCAUGUCUCAAAACUGACCUCUAGUGGACAAAAUGGGCUUUUUUGUUUUUUGAAGUCAAUGAAAUUAAUGUUAUGGAUUCAGAUGAAUAAAUGUAGUUAGUUGCAUUAUUGAAAUCUUUGAUUACAUUAGAAAUUGCUUGCUGUUUAAUUGUUGACAUAAGUAUGCAGCACAGUGUGUUUCACAGAUAUAGUCAAUGCUAUUUCCUGAAAAAACAUUGAUAUUCCAAGCAAAGAAAGCAAGAGUAAGUCACCAAGAAAAUGACUGAAAAAUGUUACAAUAGAGCUCAACUCUGUGGUACAACUUCUUGAUGGCAAAUCCAUGUCUGAAUGUAACCUACAGCUAUUGAUAGAAUACUAUUGCAGUUAACAAUACUAUUUAUAUAAGAAGGGUCUCAACCUGAAACGUCACCCAUUCCUUCUCUCCAGAGAUGCUGCCUGUCCCGCUGAGUUACUCCAACAUUCUGUGCCUACCUUCGAUUUAAACCUGCAUGAGUAGUUCUUUCCGACACUAUUUAAAUAACAUAUAGUUAUGGUUGAUUUUUCCUUUCCUGAGAGAAAGUAUUUCAUAAAAGGAACAAAAAAAAACCCCAUGCAAGUAAAUCCUUCUGUGAAUCCCAUUUUCAUUCUUAAAACAUAUAUAUAUAAUAUGGAAUAGAACAAUGGAAGAUAUUCCAACCAAGAUUAUUACAGUGUACUCAGCUUUCAGAGGUUUUCAAUAAUUGCUGGGAAAUGAGUGCAGGGAUGUGGGCAGAGUUAAGGAAGAGAUGAAGGGGUCACCUGCUAAGACAGAGAAAAUACCCCAAAUAGAUAAGGGAAACAAAGAGGUGGGGAAAAUGUACAAAAAAACUGCACUGUCCUUGAGUUAGUUGGAAUGACUGUAUCCAGUGGUAAUCAUUGAAAAAAUGGUGAGAAAUAAUUUGCAUGAAACAAAGAAAAAAUAGCAGUUAAGGCACUGCCAGUUUACAAGUCUUGAUUCUGGUUGCCAUUUGUCAAAUAAAAAAAAUGUAACGAGAAAAAAUAUUGGAAAAUGGCAACAUUUUAUAACUGAAUAAAAUCAAUACCUUCACUUUGGCUUCAGGGCCUAAUAGGAGUAUUGUGAUUAGAACAUUUGUCUUUAAAGUAAUUUGGGAAAAUGUCCUUCAAUUUCUAAAGUUUAUGCAUGACAUUUUUCAAAGCAUAUCCUUUCCACAAUACCUUCCUCUAGGAUGUUCUUACAUUGACCUUUGAAGUCUAAUGUCCUACUGUAACUGUCAAGCCUGAACCCUGUACACCAGCUGCCCUGCUAUUGCUGCCCUACACUGUACAAGAGUUCCCUAGCUCUUGCAAAUCAUCUCCCAUAUGGUAGAUAGACACAAAAUGCUGGAGUAACUCAGUGGCACAGGCAGAAUCAAUGGAUAUAAGGAAUAGGUGACAUUUCGGGUCGAGAUUCUUCAUAAGGGUCUCAACCCAAAACAUCACCCAUUCCUUCUCUCCAGAGAUGCUGCCUGUCCCGCUGAGUUACUCCAGCAUUUUGUGUCUAUCUUCAGUGUAAACCAGCAUUUGCAGUUCCUUUCUACAUAUCUCCCAUAUGCUUUCUGGUAAUAAAUUAAUUAUAUAAAUCCAACAUUUUUAAAAAGUAUAUUUUAAAUAACAGAAUCCAACAUGAUAAAUAACCAUCGUAACAGGAUGACAAAUACAUAAAUGAAUGUCGCAAGAUACCAUUAAUAAUCUACCUGUAUACUUUACAAGGCUUCAUUCUAUUUUUUUGUAGCACGGUAAAAGUAACAUCACCAGCCCCCAUUGUGUAGAGAUGAGCAAGAACGUCUGAGACAAAUAUAACAUUGAAAAAUGAAAACCGUAGACUCUUGUUCCAUUCACUGAAAAUGUUUUCUAACUAUGUUACAUGAUCACUCUGUUCUCUUUGUGCACGUCGGUUUGAUUGCAUUAGUCGAAACAGGGUGGACCACGUGAAGAUUGCAAUCUUGCCCUGCAAGACUGCGGACCUCCACACCAU